AUGCCCGCUAUUGGGCUUGGUGUCUCCUUGAACAAUGAAUGCGCGGAAGCUUGCAGGGUUGCCCUUCAAAAUGGUUACCGGAUGAUCGAUGGGGCCCGGUACUACGAGAAUGAAGUUCAAGUUGGUGUUGGGGUAGGGAAAAGUGGCGUUAAACGCGAAGACGUCUUUAUCACUUCGAAGGUCUUCCAUACGGAUUACACCUAUGAUGGCGCGACGGCUGCUUUGAAAGACUCGAUCGCGAACCUUGGAUCUUGCAAACAGGUACUAGCGUAUUAUGAUUUAUACCUGACCCACAGCGCUACUGGAGGCAAGGACGCACGUCUUGCCGCCUACAGGGCUCUUUUGGACGGCAAGGCGAGCGGGAUGAUCAAAUCUGUCGGUGUCUCCAAUUACUCAGCAAAGCACAUAGAAGAGAUUCGUGAAGCUGGUCUAGAAAUUCCCGUUGUGAACCAAAUAGAGUUACAUCCGUUCUGCCAGCAAAAAGCCAUUGUCGAAUAUUGUAGGAAGAACAACAUCGUUGUCCAGGCCUACUCCCCUCUCGUGCGUGGUGCUCUCGAUAACCAAGUCAUCCAGGAGCUCUCUACAAAGUACUCCAAAGGUCCUGCUCAAAUUCUUGUUAGGUGGUCUUUGCAACGAGGAUUUGUGCCUUUACCCAAAUCCUCGCAGCCCGAACGUAUCAUAUCCAACGGCCAAGUAUUUGGUUGGGAAAUUGAACCUACGGACAUGGCAAAGCUUGACGCGUUGGACCGCGGGAAGGAGGGCGCAAUCACCUGGAAUCCAGUCGAGGUCGAUUAA